UCUUGCCUCUCCUGUAUCCCGUAGAAAGGCAUUGGCUUUGGAGGUACAAGUGAUAUAGAGUCGUCAUUUGUAGCGCCGAGCGAGGCAUUGCUGCAGAAGGUCCUACGGAUCUCCUCUCUCGACGUCAGUCUGGCCGACAGAGGCUACACGCCAACAAUCUACUUCUACCGCUCCGCUGUCGCCGCCACUGUCAACUUGUUCGACGUGGCCGCCAGACUCAAGGAGUCCUUGGCCAAGGCCCUGGUGGCUUUCUACCCCUUCGCUGGCCGCCUUGACGUCGAAGACGAUGGCGACGUACGACGCCAUGUUCGGCACCAACACGCGGGGCACCUUCCUGUGCUGCCGCGAGGCCGCCGGGCGGCUGGUCCGCGACGGCCGUGGCCGGAUCGUGACCUUCUCCUCGUCGGGGGUCGGGUCGCUGCGCCCGGGCUACGCGGUGUACGCGGCGAGCAAGGCGGCGGUGGAGGUGAUGACCAAGAUCCUGGCGCGCGAGCUGCGGGGCACGGGGAUCACGGCCAACGUGGUGACGCCGGGGUCGACGGGCACGCCCAUGUUCUACACCGGGAAGACGGCCGAUGAGGCGGAGCGCUACAUCGCCGAGGCGCCGCUGGGCAGGCUGGGCAUGCCGGAGGACAUCGCGCCGCUCGUGGGCUUCCUCGCCAGCGACGCUGGCCACUGGGUCGAUGCCCAGGUCGUGCGCUGCAACGGUGGCACCAUCUAGCCAGUGGGCCUAGUAGCUAGGCGCGCGGUGUUAAUUGACGACCUGCUGCUCCGUUGUCACUGUGCGCACACUGAGAUGCACUUUUAAAAUAAUGUUUUAUUUAAUAAUGGGUCAUAUUUGUGCCUAUAUUUUAUUUGUUCUCCUAGUAAAUGUCACAGCAGUAUUUUUUUAGGGCAAUGUCACAGUAGUAUUUGAUGUUAAGCACUCGUGCUUAUAUGAACCCUCA